UGGACAAUUUUUUUUAAUUAGUUCUAUCAAUUUCGAAGUCGGAGUUCAAAUUGUAUCAAGAGGAAAAAAAAAGAAGAAAAAAACUCAUGCUCUCAGAUCAACCCUGUAGCAUUGCUUUGAUUCAGUUCAUUCCCUCCCUCUAAUUUCUAACGUUCGAAGCUAGCUCCAAUUGCCAUCGUCUAUAGCAGAAUGUUCUUUCCUCAAGAACGUUGAUAUUCUCUGGGAUCGGUUGCAAAGAUUUUCUGUUGUUCAGUUGUAUAUAUGAGCUGAAGACUUCGUAAUUUGUUCGCUAUUUGUGAUCGCGACUCGAAGCAUUCAAUGUUUCAAAGUUGAAUUUCCAUAUGCAUUUGAAAUUUGCUUCGGUGAGUAGUUUCUGGCUUCGGCCUUGGCAAGAUGUUCGACUCGGAGCGGCUUGUCUCUUUCUUGUUUUCUUCACUCGAAAAUGCGGAAUUGCUCCAAGAUUAUGUUCAGUCUCUAACUGAAGAGAGGGUUGUUGAUGAGAGGUUUUCCCAGAUUCUAACAAAAUUUGAAGAGCCUGAUUGUAUUCAGUUGAUCAAGAUUUAUCUCAAGGAUGUUGAAUCAAUCUUAUCAGAACUUAGUAUCACCAUUGAUUCCAUGGACGGCAAUUUCUGUAAGUUGAGUAUGUUGGCUAACAAAAUAGAGAAGAAAAGCACCCGCAUUGGUGCAGAGCACAUGAAGCUAGCAGCUAUCCAUCUCAUUCAGGCUUGUGAUCAAGGGGACCAGAAAAUUGUCUCCCAAGCUCUUAGUUGGAUGAAGCAUGAAUUCACCAUUACUGAAAACAAAUUUCAGCCAGUUCUUCAGAUGGAACAGAGGAUUUUGAGAGUCAUGAGCAAGCAAAAAUAGAUAGAUAUGGAUAAGAUAGUGUUUGGUUACAUCUUCAUUUGUUUUUCUAAGGUCUUGAAGAUGGGUCAUUAGUUUGAUUAUCAUCUUCCAAGGUAUUUUCAGCUUGUAUCAUUUUGGUAUUAUUACUCUUAUGGGUAAAGUUACCGUCAAGUAAAUAAAAUUGAGGCACCUCCUA